AUGAUGGUAACAUUUUUUAGGCAAGCUUACUGUGUGUUCGGAACCGUGGAGCUCCCAGACAAGCCGAUCAUGUUGCCGCCUUUUGUGGAGGCGACACACUGUCUCGGCUACCACCUGACUCGCAAAGGCAGAGCGGUUGCUGAUCGCGUGGUAUCUGUUCUUGGCUACGCCUGCCCCGACAUCACCUACAGCCCCAGCCUUUACCCCAUCACCGCAGCACUGUUACACUUUAUGCCUGGUAAGUUUCUCAACUGUUCUGCCAAUUUAUGUUUCAAUGCUAAAUAG